GGGCAGAGGCGGGCGGGCGCCAUGGGCGCGAUGCUGUGGUGGGAUCAGCUGCGGGCCGGCAGCUCCGAGGUGGACUGGUGCGAGGACAACUACACCAUCGUGCCCGCCAUCGCCGAGUUCUACAACACGUUCAGCACCAGAGUCAUCUGGGUGGCAUAUCAUCCGUGUUUGAGGGUGUGUGGUGAAACAGUCUGCUUUCUUUGUUUCUGAUGUCACUGUGCAAGAACCAAAAACAAAAGGAGGAAAAGGUCAGGAUAAACAAUAAAUUUCUUGAAGAAACAAUGCGUUUUGAAGCCAGCAGUGCAGGGGGUUGGAUAUCCUUCUGACUGCGCUGAGCUGAUUAGCUGUGGCAAGAAAGCUUGCAAAAUGCUGGGAGCUGCAUGUAUGUCCAGGUGAUUAACUGAGCUUGCAGACAGACAAGCAGAGAGGCACAGCACAAAGUUUGCCCUGAAACCCCCUGUACUGCAGAAGCUUCAUCCAAGUCAGCUAACUGUACACCAAAAACAUGGAGAGUAGAGGCUGUGUUGAGGGUAGACAUGCUUCAGUAGUGAAGAGAUUAUGGAGACUGACUUCUGUGUUUGCAGCUUCUGAAAAUUAAUUCACAGUGAAUUGAUUGGGGCUGAGUGGUUGUGUUCCUGGAGACAGAGAUUCUUACAGGGUGGUAGGAAAGAUUUGGCCCUCUUGUGACAGGCACCAUAAGUGGACUCUGAAUUUUAUUCCUUCAUAGUUGUUUCUGUUCUGACACUGACUCAAACCCUUCAGAAGUUUCAGGUAACAUUCUUCAGCAGACCUGAAUAUGGGAUCUGGGUCUUCAAGCUGUAGAUUAAAACCUUGUUAAUCCGCAUUUUAGACUGCCACAGCUAAGAUCAGAGAUGUCGUUGAGGUCUCAUGCAGCAUACAAGCAGGAAACUGGAACAGCUUAUCUGAAACAUAUUUAGAAAGAUCCAUUUAAUUAUUCUUGUGGGACCCAACCUUAAUGUUGUGCGUAAAUUUAACUUGAUCUUGUUAAAAAGCAAAUCAAAGUGCUCAUCAGGAUUAAGUGAGUAGAAGAAUGUCUGUUCAGCAGUUCUGUACGAAUUAUUCACACAGUUUUUAUAAAACAUACACGUCCAAGAUGAUUUUAUGUUACACACUUUAAGAGACUAAAAAUAUUUCAUAACUAGGAAAUAAUAAGAAAACUAGCUUUUUCUUUUUUUAAAAAAAAUUCUCUAUUUAAUAAUUAAUCCUUGUACGAUGUAAUCUAUGUAAUUUUACUCUUGAACAAAAGCACAUACCUCCACACUCUUAAAAGAGUUUACAUAUGCAGAGGUAUUUGCGAAAGAAAAGACAAAAAAAAAAGAAUUUUUUUGUUCUUUACACUACUCAGAAAACUGAAAACUCUAUAACUUUUUUUUUUGUUACUAGUGAAAUUAGUACUUUUCAGUUUAGUGUUUUAUAAUCAAUUGUGCACAUAAUUGCCAAAUUUCCAUUUAAAGAGCACUGCCAGUGGUUUUUCUUUUUGUCUGUUCUUUAGUAGCAAGGAGAUAAAUGUUUUUAGAGGCUCUUAGACUGAGAAUCUGCUUAUACUCUGACAACAUCCUUUUUACUACUUUAGUCUUGUGGUACAUGUCUGUGGUGUGUGCUUGUGUAGGAAGGUUGAAGAUACAAACCCUCUAAUUUCACUGAAGAGUUAUUCCAUUUUUGCUUCCCUUUCUCACAAGACAUGCAGCCUCAGUGGCUGAAGGCUGCAGCUACUAGCUGUCAGACUUAGCAAAUAGUAAAUAAUCUUUGGUAAGACCAUGGGAAAUACCACAUACAGACUGUGUGGGCAAAAUUAUGCGGUCAUGAUCUGAGCUGGCCACUGGAAUUCCAUCUGUGGCCUGUGGCCUGUAUUUCUUUCAUACAAGUAAGUAGUUGGAAAUUAAAAGCAGAGAUCCUGAAUUGUGUAAAGCCAGGGGAUGGACUUUUAUUGUUGGGCUUCUUACCUUUUAUUGUAUCUUUGAAUUACCUUUUGCAAAUCCCAAACGAAAAUCUUAGUACUCCUCUUCUUUAAACUUUUUGCACUGAUCUUAACUUUACAGAGUUCUGAAUUGUACAUUACCAAAUCAUAUAGGCCAUUGGUGUACUAUGUGAAAACUUGUUUAUGCAACAUACUUUCUAAAACCAGAGCCCAGUGGAUAGAUGCCUCACUUGUUUGGGAAACCUGGCAUUAACCCUGGCAGUGCAUCUAAGGGUGUGGUUCUUCUAGGGAGCCAGGCUGAUGGCAGAGGGUGAAAGCCAGCAAGUCAGUUCUCAUGUUGAUGUAGCUGACUGCGAACUUGAAACUAAGAGAACUUAAGCAGCAUAUUUCAGAUCAUGUUCCAGAGCUCUGGUAUGAAUACAGCUUGUGGAAAUUACUGUGUAUGGAGUCUAAGAAACAAAACUGAGUUAUUUCGUGAAAGAGAGGCAGAAGUAUCGUGUUUUAUUUCCAAACUUAAUAGAAAAGAAUUUUGGCAUCAAAAUUCUUUUGGAUUUUACAGUGAUAUGUAAUUUCCCUGUAGGCCACUGCAGUGAGUAUAAAUCCAGCCUAGUUUUUACUCAGUGCGAUUACUUAGUCUGAUUUACUUCACUGGUCAGUUCUGGCUAUAGAGAUGAAAAGAUUUUCUGUCACAUUCCUUAGUUUAUAACCAUUUUUUAUUUUUAUUUUUUUUUCCUUGGUAUCUCUCUUUGACCUAACCAUGGCUAAAUGCUUAAAAUGUUUAGAGCACUCAGAGGCUCUCAGAGGACUUGCUUAUAUUCCAUCAUCCCUGCUGCCAAUCACUGUUUAAGUUUCCAACUUGCUGCGGGAUAAGGAGAGCCUUCCCACUCUCUGCUUGUAAAAGAAGGUGGCAGACUAGAACUCUGGUCCAUGAGUGCAUUCCAAAUGGCCCAAUAUAUCUUUGCUGCACAGAGGUGGGUGGUUUUUAUGUGAAUGGACGAUGUUUGCAUGAACAUGUUUGGGUGAAUGUGGAGGUUUUAUGUGGCUUAAGGAAAUUUGUCUGCCUCUUAACAUCUGUUUUAGGACAUUCUCUGUAAAUAUCUCUUUGGUCUUUCUGUUGCAUCCUCAGGGAUAUGCUGCACUCUGGCAUUGCUAGGUGCCUCCUGCCAUUUUAGUGGUGGCAAAAUUUGCUGCCUUGGUGGACUGAGGAAAUUCUUUAAGUCUUCUCCUGUUGCUACUUAAGAGGUGCUUCGUCUAUGGCACUGCUGACGUCUGUUUCGUAACUGGUUUGUGAGGCUGGUUUCAUAUUUCAGCUGGCAGAAGGAGGCAGAGGAUUCAUUAGAGGACAGUUUGUAAAGGGGCUUGAAUGAAACUGAUAAGGCUCCGGCCUGCUUUGCAUUCAGGCAGCUUUUACCACAGUCUGGAGAAGUCUGGGAGCCAGGCAGAGUAAGCUGGUAGUUCAAAGCUGAGCAGUAUGAGUGGCUUCAGUGAAAAUGUGAGUCCUCGUGGGGCCUGGGCUGCAUCAACAUGAGCUGUAGGAACUACUGAUUGGCCAGAGGAUUUUGUCCUUCCUCAUGUUGGUUUAGAAGGGCAAUCCAGUGGGAGCAGAGCGGUGGCUGUGUUCUAGUGUGUCCCCAUUGAGACUGGUCAUCACUGUGGCCCAACGGCAAGAAGCAUGGUGACUUCUCCCCUUCGUGGCAGGCCUGGAGGUUCAUGCUCUUUGUCUCCAAAAGCUGCCAAGAUCUUUUCUCUUUCUAUCCAUCCCCUCCUUUCUCUUUGUCUUUGCACCCCACCAUUAGGCAACCAGGUGCUCGUGGCAGUGGAACUGUCUGUGUGCUGAGCCUUUUCAUGCAGCCUUAGGACAUGUGCUCCAGCAGAUGUGAGUUUGUUAAGGUGUCUAAAGACGGUGUUACCAGUCAUUAUGAAAAUUUCUCCUUGCCUGUUUUGUAGUGGCUGCUCUAGCUUUGUUUUAGGUAGAGAAGAUAUGGGAUUUUACAAUCCCUUUUAAAAUCCCCAAUGGGAUUUUAAAAUGAGCGUGUGAUAGAUCUUUUUAAGUGUUUUACUUAAAUGAAUUUUGAAAGAAAUGCAGCUUGUCUUUGAGGAGGUACCUUUGGUAUGAAGAAAAGUGGCGCACGUGAAGUAGAUGGUGCUGAGAAGCUGCUGCUGUAAUUAUUGUCAGUUUAGAUGUCAGACUAGGAGUAUGUUUUGACGAGUCUUGCAAAUGUUAAAUUAGAUGUGUCCAUUUUAAUAAUUGCAACCUCUGCUCUCACACUGUCUGAGACAGUGCUGAAUGGUGGGUAGUUAUUAAAUGAAUAAAUGCCUUCUCUGUUUGCUGUUCCUGAAUCCUUUUCUGUUAGAUUUUCAUUCACGUCAUUAAGUGUCCACGAGUCUCUCGAGAAGGAGAUCUAUCCCAGAGGAGUGCUGUUUAUCUCAGAAUUCUUUUAUAAGUCCAUUUUAGGGGAACGUUGGUAGAGAUUAUUUUGUAACAGGGCUGGGUUAGCUACGGGGAUUGUGAGGAGAUGAAGGCUUGGCAGUUCAUCCUUGCCCUUGUCCCAUUGUGAAGUAGCAGUAGUGUCCGUGGCUGGCCCUCAGCAUAUGCAACUUCUUACUGAAAGAACUGGGUGAUACUACAGUGACAGCUCCUGCUAAUGACAGAUAAAGCAUUUUCAGCAUAUAACUGAAGAAUGAUGCUUUGGAUUGUUGAUAAGCAACGUCUUAUUUUUUGUUUUACCACCCAUAUGUAUGUGCUUAUUCCGUCAAUACGCAACCUGCUUCAACAGCGGAAUAUAUUUAAUAUGGACUCUACUAGUUGUGGUCGGAAUUGGAUCUGUUUACUUUCAUGCCACCCUCAGCUUCCUGGGUCAGAUGCUGGAUGAGCUGGCUAUUCUCUGGGUCCUUAUGUGUGCUCUUGCCAUGUGGUUCCCUAGGAGAUAUCUACCAAGAGUUUUUCGAAAUGACAGGAGCCGGUUUAAAGCUGCUGUUGGUGUCCUGUCUGGAGUUACUACCUGCCUUGCCUUCAUUAAACCUGCCAUCAACAACAUCUCACUAAUGACUCUGGGUGUUCCUUGCACAGCUUUACUCAUUGCUGAGUUGAAGAGGUGUGAAAACCUGCGUGUGUACAAGCUUGGUCUGUUUUCAGGUCUUUGGUGGAUGCUAGCACUUUUCUGCUGGAUCAGUGACAAAGCUUUUUGUGAGAUCUGGUCAUCAUUUAACUUCCCCUAUUUGCACUGUGUAUGGCACAUUUUGAUUUGCCUUGCGGCUUACCUAGGCUGUGUCUGUUUCGCUUACUUCGAUGCUGCCUCCGAGAUCCCUGAGCAGGGCCCCGUCAUAAAGUUCUGGCCAAGUGAGAGAUGGGCAUUCAUUGGCGUUCCCUACGUCACCCUCCUCUGUGCACACAAGAAAUCACCGGUGAAGAUCACAUGAAGUUGGCUAUGGAGUGGGAUGGAUUUUCAACUUUCAUUCCAGCUCAGACAGUAUCUAAAAUAAUGACAAAUGAAUAGGGUUGUAUUUUAUCUUCUUCUUAAGAUAAGCAGCCUUCCCAGUGUCAUAGAAACAGGUGGCAACUGUGUUCUUUCUCCUCCUUCCGGAGGAAAGAAAGGUAACAGGAACAUGAAAGCUCUUGAACUGUUUUCUCUGGUUGGCUCUAUUUUGCACUUUUUUUUUUUAAAUGUAGCAUUUCACUUGAUAAAAGUUAUUUCCAAGUGUCUGUGACUAGAAAUGAUGCCGCUGCAGUAGACCACUUUUGAUGCUUGGUUCACUUUUGUUAACCUCUGUCUUGAGGCAUUCUUUGUAAGAUAAACUUAUCAAAGAGGCCUGCUGUCGUUUUUGUGUCCUCAGCUCUGAUGUAUGUGUCCUUCUCAGCUCAGAUGUAGAUGUAAUUGCACAUUGGCCACAAGGGCGUGCUCAUGUUCCUCCCAUCCCUGGAGUGCAAUAGGGGGAGGCUGGAUGUGCAUCAAUUUGGAUCAGAGAGCAUUUGAUUGUUUCACCAAGUACAGCAGGAGACCAGUGCAAAGUGAUUAUCACUGGAUAUCUCUAUCAAAGCAGUUAGACAGUGUAAAUGUGGAAAUAGCUGACAGAAGAUACAGUCCCUAAGACUAUAUAGGAAUUCAGGGGUUUUGAAUGUUUCUGUAUUUCCGCUGAUUUGUGGACAUUAAUAUGCUGCACAUUUUCCUCUUAAUGAAAUGUUGUGGAAAUCCUUCUCUACCUCAGCAGACACGUUUGGUAUUGAAUUUGUUAUUGAAGCUUACACAGAAAUAUGAGGUUUAACUUCUGUCAGAGCACAGAUCAGCAUAGAUUGUCAGUGUGGUUAAAUUGCUAAGACUCCUGGGGCACCUAGCUGUAUAUCUAAUUUGAGAGUUAACUUCUCAACAAAGCUUUGCAAAGUGACAUGAACAGUAGUCCAGUAGUGCUCUGCUGAUGGUAUUUAGGAAAAAAAUAGGUAGCAUAGGUACCUGAUUAAAAACAAAGAUAAAAGACAUAGAUUUCAGUAACCAAUGAAAUGUGAUAUUCAGUCUUGCAAAGUUAGCAAGGAACAGUAGAUUCAAGUUUUCUGUUAGUUUUCAGCUUGUUUUGUAAGAGGUGCAGUUAGUUUAAAGUUUUACAUUGGGAUUGAAGUUCAGGAAUGGCUAUGGUUCUUGCAAGCUAGAUCUGAUCUGAUAGUACUAGAUCUGAUAACAAAACAGUGCAAAGUACAGGUAAGUUUUUUUAAAAUAUUGGUUGUGACUGCUGUGGUCUUGGAGAAAAUGGGGUCUACUUAAAUUCUACCAAAUAUCAGAACUGUAGGUAGGUUAAGGAUUUAGAUGUGCAUUUUUAGUAAAGUGAUACUUCCUUUUUGAAUACUAGACCAAGAAAUAACAUUUUCUCUGUGCUUUGCUACUGAGUCUCAUGUACUUAUUUUUUAUGAAUAUGAAUGUGUACUCUGUACAGUAUCAUCUUAAGGAAAAUGGCUUUUAACAAGAACUUUGGGGUGAAUUAGCUUUCAAGCAUUGUAAAACCUUUUAGGUAAUUUUAUAUUCAAAUUUAUGCUGAGAAAAUGGAAGCUGAUGUGUAUGCUAUUACCCUUAAAGCAAAGUCGUUAGUAGGGGAUAUAACUUCUUGAGAACUUUGAGAUGGGUAAGUAGCCUACUGUCAGAUUGAUUAAUGGAUCACAAAAAUAGCCAAAUCUGUUUACUUCAUUGCAGCAAUGAAUAUUUAUACCACUUGCUUGUAGAAUUGUUGGACAGAAACAUGGUUUGGGGCACAUAUUUUUGUAUGAAACUUGUUUGUAACUAUACACACAGUAAUGUUUGUUACUUGUUGAAAGCCAGCUACUUUUUCCAUUUUUCUUCUUCUCUUCUUGAUUCUGAAAUGCUCAGUUCUAACCAAUUCUCAGGUAUUAAUCUUGUGAUUAGAUCUUUAUACUGAUAAGCUUACUGGCUGGAACCCAGCUAAGGUUGCUGUUUUCAGAUAAAGCCCUACUUUGAGUAACAUUUUUUCAAUAUUGCUUACUAAAUUAUUAUAAUAUUAUUAUAUUACUUAUUGCUUAAUAUUUUAUUUGAAAGAAAACUGUGACUUAGAGGGCUCUAACCAUCCUGCAGACAGCUGCUGUCUUCUGCCCUACAGAGUCUGACUGCUCACAAAGAAAUGAUUUUAUAAUUUAAAAAACGUAGGGCAGCCAGCUGUUGCAGAAGUGAAUAAAUAAAUACAGUUCGGAAUAAUCUUGAAUUUAUUUAUUAACUAACCUCUAACCCUUAUACUUUUCAUAGGAGAUGCUGUGAACAAGUAUUAGUAUCCAUUGUAUGAAACUACACUGUAGAACUGAUUGGGGGUAUUCCAGGUAUAAGGGCACUCCAGCAUUUUCAGAUGUAGUUACUGCACUUUACCUUAAAUUAAUAUUAGCUUAUAUUCCAACAAAAGCCACAUUUAUUUGAAAAAUGAAAAGAAUGCAGGUUUUCCAUAUUCACAGUUUUACAGAUUAUACUUAGAACCAAGGCUCCAGUUUAGAAUAACAUCAGUGCAGAAAGAAGUAUGUAAUUGGCACACCACGGGGUUUGUGCACUGCCCUUAUCAAAAAGAUGAAUAGAAACGUGCACAAAUAGGCCUGUUAUCCUGGAGUAUGAAGUGAUGGUUUUAAAAUCUGGAAUGUUUCCUUCCUUUGCUGGCAGGAAGUUGUUGGGUUUCUAGACUUCACUUUCAAUUACUAUUUUAGUUUAACUAGUGGAACGCAAUAGUGUGUCGAGCAUAAUGUGGAUUCUUUAUAGAUAGAUGUUGGUAUGUGAGGUGCAUCAUUCUCUGAGUUAAACUUUAAGAAUAUUUAAGAAUAUUCAAGAAACACUUGCCCAAUUCACAGUCAUUCAGUAAAUAGUGUGUAAGGAAUUGUUUUGUUUUGCAUCUCAUUUGAAGUCUGUAUUCUGAGUAUUUGUGGAAAGCAUGUAAUACUUGCAACAUUAAAUUGCCUUCAGAAUAAA